UACAGGAGAAGUUAGCAGACGCUGAUGGAGAUGGCGAGCAAGGCUAAGAAUAACGCGAAUGCGAAGAUGUCUCUGGAUGAUUACCUCCUUCUCCUCCAGUCUGGCUCCCACCUCCACCUCACCGUCAGCCAUCUCAAUCAGAUCAUCAGCAUGCACGGCUACAAGAAGAUCCACAAAGUUCACAAGAAGCUUCUGAGCGACGCCGUGAACUCACUGCAGCUGUUGAACCCGUGCCGCUCCACGCUUAGGGACUACAUCUCGCCGUUUGUGACGACGAAGAUGGAUGACGUCUUCGCCGACCUCAGCGAUCUCAACUGGCAAGACUGUUGCAUCACCUCCAUCCAUACCCUCAGUUCGUGGGAGGACCAGUCCCCUCCUCCCCCAAACGGCGCCGUCCAGUUCCAACACUACUCGCCGUCCACCGCAGCCCACAGCGUGAUCGUUUCUGCUCCCGGACCGACCAAGAAGAGAUCGGCGCGGAAGAGGAAGCGGACUGCUAAAGUGGCCGAUCUGGUAAAUUUCGCCUAAGCCUAGGGGUAUUUCCGUCUAUUAGUUUUUUCACGACUAGUGCGUGUCGAGGGUAUUCGGUCCUCUCGCCAUUAGCAACGAGUUCGUGGCGUGACAACUGGAAUCUUUGUAGUUUUUGGGCACUGGAUUUUCAUUACAAAAUUGAUUUGGUAUUUUACUUUUUUUGUAAGAAUUUUAAGCACUAUGGUGUUCUUACAAGACCAACAAAUAAGCACAAAGUUGAAAUUGACUAGUAAUAUUUUUGAUGAUUGAUGAGGAAUCAACCCAAAAGUCACACCAAGAACAAGUUCAUUACCCCCAAUUCGAAAGAAACAACAAUAAUGUAAAGCAAUUACAGGUAAAUUAUCUGAAACCCAUCCUGAGAGACUUGGAUUUGGAGUUGGUGACUUGGAUGGUGGUACUGUUAGCCUCCUGAAUUGAUUUCCUUUUUCUAGGAUUUGAGGCAGA